GGUGCGCUAUUUUGCUUUCCACCCAUAGUUCUCAAACAACCGUCGCAAAUCGUAAACUUCAUAUACGACGUUCCGCAAACAACCGUCGCAAAUCGUAAACUUUCGGUCAUGGCCGCAUCACAGUGUAAUAGCAAAACGGAAGACAAGGUGUUUUUAAGUUUUGAAAAUGUGAGAAAGUUCAUCAAGGAUGCUAUAGUGUUAUCUGGAUUGAAGGCUAGCCAUGGUGAAUUACAAGCUGAAGUACUUCUGGAUGCCGACUGCAGAGGCAAGACCUCCCAUGGUUUUACAUUAUUACAGAUAAUUUUAGCGAAUAUCUCUGAGGGCACGUUGGUGGACUCUGAACCCGUUAUUCUGAACGAGACUGAAGGAUCAGCAUGGAUAGACGGACAGGGAUGCCUAGGGGCCGUCGUAGGUAACUUUGCGAUGAAGAAAGCCAUCGAGAAAGCAUCUAAAAAUGGUGUAGGAUGGGUCACGGCGAAAGGUUCAUACCAUCUUGGAGCCUUAGGAUGGUACUGCAUGCAAGCAGUUGAACAAGGUAUGAUCGGUCUAUGCAUUUCCAACACCUAUCCCGGCACUGCAGCGACUGGUUCUAAACAGCGAGUUUUGGGAACCAACCCGAUUUGUCUGGCAGCAGCGGGUCUGAAUGGAGACUACCUUCUCUUUGAUUCUGCGCUAACAGUGUCCGCGAUGAGGAAGGUUAUGGAGAAGACUAAAGAUGGAGACGGUACAAUUCCUGAGGGCUGGGGAGUUGACCAAGACGGAAAAUCAACAACAGAUGGAGCUAGAAUCGUGAAUAAUGGAGCUCUCUUGCCUAUUGGAGGAAUAAGCCCUGCUACAGGUGGUCACAAAGGUUUUGGUCUUAUUCUUUUAGUCGAAGUUCUAACGAGUGUUCUAGCUGGUUCGGCCUUUCCUACAGACAUGGGAUGGAGAAAUGAGUCUGGGGAGUAUGUUGGCAAAGAUUUUGGCCAGACGUUCAUUGCUAUAGACCCACAUCAUUUUGGUGGAGGAUUCGCCGAGAGACUGCAAAAUCUACUGGAUUAUAUCCGCAACGCAGAACCUGUGGAUGAAUCCAAUCCUGUCCCGAUACCCGGCGAUAGAGGGCGACAUAUCUACCAACAGGCAGAGAAAGAGAAAGGUUUAUGGUAUCCAAAACAUCUUAUUCAUCAAAUGAAUAAUCAGAUGAAGAAACUUGGUGGCGAAUACCAGCUACAAUGACACCUAUGGUAUCUUCAACUAUCAGCACCAUCAGCAAACACAAAUCUCACAUCAAUGAACUUUUCCUCAUCACACGAGGUCAAAGGCAAAGUGACCUUUAUUGCUCACCUUUGACCUCCGAGUACUCAUGCUUCAUGAUUAUUAUCUUUGAGAUUAUUGGUAUUCAAACCUCUUGGUUUCUGCCGAGUGUACAUUUACGUCUCAGAAUUGUAUCACCAUUUUUCUAACUCUUGGGGAAUAUAUCAUGAGACGAUUGUGGUCGGUAGUGUUCACUAUUUGUUAUAAGCUACUGAAAUCCAUGCAUCUGAUUGGCUGAGAGCAAAUUUGACACUAAAAAUCACUGACAAGAUGCUUUCAUUUUACACUCUGCAUGCUGCACACCUGUAAUUAUUCAUCUGUAUACACUGCACAAACAGCAGAGUUAACACAACACCACUCAGAGAGGGCAGCACUUUACACCAGUCUUUAUUUUAUAGUGUUAUUCUGUUUGUUAUGGACACUCUUUGGUGUUAUAUUCAAACCCCAGGGUGAAUUCUAAUACCAGACUACCAUAUCAAUCUAGCUACAGGUCAAAGGGAAUCCUGGAAUAUGACUGGACCUAAUUAGAGGUGUGUGACCUUUAUCAAUGAAGCUAUUAUAUUACUAAGUUGGUAUGCAAGCAAGCUUUUCAGAUAUAAAUAUACAAAGCAACAAAACACAUCUUAACAUUUCAGUUCCAGUAUCACCAAAAUAUAUUUAUUGACCGAUAAAUUAGUAUAGCAUUGUAUAAGGUGAGAUAGUACUUGCUUCAACCACUUAAGCUACAUACAGGCUUCAUUCAAGGCUUGAAAAAUAAUUACAUUCAGUAUUAAUAAUCAUAAUACUAUUAAUGACAUUGAUAGGUCAAUCUAAUCUAAAAAACAUUAUUCAGUUGGGCCAGAACAAACUAUCAUGUUGUUUAAUAGAAAGUUAAGUGUAAUGUAAAUCGAAUAGAGAUAUUUUAAACAAGGUUUGGUUGGUUCAUCAAUAUGUUGGUUAAAACAUUUCUGAGAUAGUAUAUUAUCUAUUCCCCAAUGUUGCAAAUAAGCAAGCAAGAAUCUAUGUUAAACGGAUGGUCCGGGCUGAAAGUAUUUAUAGCUUAAUAAAUAGAGUAGAAUUCAC